UGCGUGCGGCAGCAGAAGCGGCCAAGCGGCGACGGCCAUACUCAAACAACGGCCGAACGGAAUACGCGGCUACGAGAGAGAUGAGGUAGAUAAUAGAGCUUCGGAAAGUGGGUAAGAGGGAGAAAGAGAAAGAUAGAAAAAGAGACGAUCUCCGUGAACCGCACGCAACGGGCCGCGCGCGUGAAGCUGCAGAACGGGCAAAGACAGAGAGAGUGUGCGAGCAAGGGGAGAAGAGAGAGACGAGGCGACAAACGGAGGUGAGCUGAACUGAGCCGAGCCAAGUCGCCGCCGAGUCGAAUCGUGAAUCGGUGCGAGUGUAAUCGCGAUAUAUCGUGGUGCUCGAGGCAGCAGCAGCAGCAGCAGCAGCAGCGGCAGCGGCGGCGGCAGCAACAGUAACAGUAACGAGUAGCAGGGAAGAACACGAAGGAGCGGCCCGGAACGGGCGGAAGUGUGGGUCGUGCGUGCCUCUACGUGCGUGCGGUGCGUGCAGAGAGAACGUUGGAAACGGGAUAGCAGCCAGCAGCGGCGGCGACGGCGACGGCGACGGCGACGACGGCGGCGACAGUUGUGACGAGGACGACAACGACGACGGAGGAGGCAGAGGCAGCUGCGGCAGCAGCGGCAGCGACGAACGGAGCACCGGUGGUGGUCGAGCUUGGCGCGGGAGUUCAGUUGGUCGGCGGGAUGAGCGCCAAGACAGACGUGAACAGGCGGGUGUUGGCGAUCCAGGCGAAGAAAAAGCGGCACAAGCCCAGCAAACGCAAGGGCAAGGCCAAUUCCCAGGGCGAUCAGGACGCGCAGAGCUCAGCCAAGGGGCCGCGUGCCGGCCAGGUAGCGGCUACCACGACCACCACCGCCGCGAAUUCCGCCACCGCGACCACUACUACCACCACCACCACUACCACCACCACCACGACCACCUACGAGUACACCUCCGACGGGCCCCCGCAGCGUGCCUAUAACAGCGACAACGGGACCAGAUUGGUACCAUGUCAUAGUUCCAGCAAUGAAACGAUAGAGGAUGAUGAUGCGUUCAGUACCGAGGACGAGGAGCAAGAGGACAGCAGCGACUACUGUAAAGGAGGGUACCAUCCCGUGAAGAUAGGGGAUCUCUUUUUAAAUCGCUAUCACGUCACUCGUAAGCUCGGCUGGGGUCACUUCUCCACUGUAUGGCUCUGCUGGGACUUGCAGGAUAAACGUUUUGUGGCGCUUAAAAUAGUGAAAUCCGCAUCCCAUUUCACUGAGACUGCAUUGGAUGAAAUUAAAUUAUUAAAAGAUGUGCGCGAUACGGAUCCCAACGAUCCUAAGCGCAAUAAGACCGUCCAGUUGCUCAAUGACUUCAAGAUCAGCGGCAUUAACGGCCUGCAUGUUUGCAUGGUAUUUGAAGUGCUUGGACAUAAUCUUCUUAAAUUGAUCAUCAAAUCAAACUACAGAGGAAUUCCAAGAAAUAACGUUAAACGCGUCAUCAGACAAGUUCUCGAAGGUCUCGACUAUCUUCAUAAUAAAUGUAAAAUUAUUCAUACAGACAUUAAACCUGAAAAUGUUCUUGUAUGCGUCGAUGAGACUUAUAUACGAAAAUUAGCUUGUGAAGCGACAGAACUGCAUUCUAUGGGAGCUAAGUUACCGGUGUCUCUAAUUUCUACCGCACCGAAGGAAUUUCAAGAACCGAUACCGAACUCCAAAAUGUCGAAGAAUAAGAAGAAGAAAUUAAAGAAGAAAGCCAAGCGUCAAAACGAGCUCUUGAAGAAGCAGAUGGAGCAGAUCGAGGAGUUAGAGGAACAAAGUAAACUAGCGAAUAGUACGAGAGAAAACGGGGAGGUUGAAACGAACAGUUUGGAUCAGGAUCUUAAUACGGAGAGCAUAGAAGACAAUACGGAGAGCAAAGGUUCUCCGGACAUCUCGGAACCAUCCGCACCUUCUUUACAUAUGAAUGGAGUAGAUGGUUUAGCGGGCGGUGAGAAGAUACAAAAUCCGUCGCCCGAACAAUCCGAAAAGAUGGACAAUGUCACUCUGUGCGACGUGGAGAAAAGUUGCGGGGAAAGUGUGUUAUCGCCCGAUCCCGAUGACACUGACGAAUGUAGCGAAGGUAAAGUUAACCGCCGUUAUCAAGCGACAGCAGCGUCUCCUUUUUUUUGUUUCCCGCUUCAAUUUUAUUCGUCAUCCAUCAUCUCGUUGUCUGUAGGUCGUAGGUCACUGAACCCACCGGAAAGUAAGCAAUUGAAACGGGCAUCCAUGUCUCCUUUGGACCCUGCCAUAAUGGACUGCGAGAUAGAAGUGAAGAUAGCGGAUCUCGGAAACGCAUGCUGGGUUCAUAAGAAAUUCACGGACGAUAUUCAAACUCGUCAGUAUAGAUCGCUCGAGGUUUUACUGGGUUCUGGAUAUGAUACCUCUGCUGAUAUAUGGUCCACUGCUUGUAUGGCGUUUGAAUUGGCGACUGGCGAUUACCUUUUUGAACCGCACAACGGCAAAGACUAUUGCAGAGAUGAAGAUCAUUUGGCCCAUAUUAUUGAGUUGCUGGGAGAAAUACCGAGACGUAUCGCUCUUUCGGGGAAGAAUUCGAGGAUAUACUUCAACAGGAAGGGUGAAUUAAAGCAUAUUACUGGAUUGAAACCAUGGGGCCUGUACGAAGUGUUAACGGAGAAAUAUGAGUGGACUCCGAGCGAAGCGCGCGAGUUCGCAGAGUUCCUAAUACCGAUGCUCGAGUUCAAUCCGAGCAUGCGAGCUACCGCAGCCGAGUGCCUGAAGCAUCCGUGGCUGCAAAUCAAAAAGUGAUCGCGUUUUUUAUUGUUUUAUCUGUAAUAUCUCCCUCAACUUUCACUCCGGUCCUACCGCCCAGUUGUCGCAAUCGUAAAUCGAGAGUGUGAUAGGAAGCCGAAAACACUUGUAAACGUCAGGUGUUAUUUCCAUACUGAAAACCAUAAUUCAGCGACCCUAUUUGCAUAAGAAGAGCAAGUGCAUCGUUUCAAGAGCGCGCAUACACAAUGUACACAUACAUACACAGACACACACACUAAAAAAAAAAAAAAAAACUUUGAUAUAAUACGAAUUACGGAAAUAAAUUGUAACAUACGUUGUUAUAUUAAUCAUACGUACGCUACAAGCGUGUCUCCGCGUGGGAAAUGUUACGAAACUGAAAACGUUUCGAAAAGAUUGUUAUAUACCCUUUACAAAUGGUGAUUUGACAAUAUUGCGGAAGUCGCCUCAAGGAAAGCCUCUCGAAUGCAGCGAGCGAAGUGUCGCAAAAUCCGGAAAUUAUUAAAGAAGAUCUUGCAACAUUCCGCUGAUUUCCACAUAAAAGAAAAAAACGGCCGCACGCGUGCUUCCUAACGCAACACUCUCAACAUCAUCGGCUAACCAUUUGUAGUUGUACACUUGUUAAAUCGUAUUUUUAAUUAGUGAUGAGAGAACUUAAAUUAAAAAGAAAUUUUUCAUAGUACUUUAUAUACAUUAUUUUACACAUAUUCGUGUCGCAUUCUCGAGUACUCGUCAUUUAAUUUAUCUACAAAUAUUCCAAGAGUCGUGAGAUCCACUCGCUAAUGCGCUGUGAAGGUACUGGCGGGCUCGGUAUCGUGUUUGGUUUAAAAUUAGGACUCAUUGCCUUGACUCAGUUAUCCGUGUGUACUUUUAUAUAUCACACACACCGGUCGCUGUAAAUUCUUGCCAACAAACUUGUCGUCGAAGUUCGCAACGGGACAGAAAUGGCUACUUAAUUAAUAUUUUACGUCUACCUCAAUAUACGUGAGCCAGUUAGAAAUACUCAUCAGCAGACGUACACGUAACGAGGGACCGUAUUCAAAUAAGUGUAAAUUGAAAUAGAGAGGGAUCUGUAUAUUGUAGAUAAUUAAGAGUCGGUCACUGGAUUCUUGGAAUAUAUAUUAUAAUUUACGUGGGCGCUGAUUGGGAUAAGACACUGUGCACGCACAUAUUCAAUGAAUUUCAUUUCUCAUCCAUGUAAUGUUUUAUAUAAAAUAGAAUAUAUUUGUUUCAAAUAAAAGAAUCUUUUUUUUUUUAUAUCAUUGUUUUCAAGAUAAUUAAAUUUUAUUAGCAGCAAGUGGCGACAAAACAGCAUUUGUUAUUAGUAAUAACAGUUUAUAUAAUAACUUAUUAUAUAAACUGUUUAUUUAUACUUUUGUAGAAACAAUUGUAUAUAAAUGACAACACACAAAGCAACACAUAUCCAAUGUGCGAUGUGAAAAUUGUAUUGUACACUUUGCCUUAUUCCGUUGCUGCCCAGCAAUACUGAUAUUGUAAUGAACAUUUCUGUUUGUUAUAAACUCGUUUACGUCGCUAAUGCGAAUGCCUGUAUACAUAAUGUACAAUUGCGAAAAGAAAGAGUAUCUAUAUUGCGAGUAAAGUCUCGGCAAACAUGAUGAGAGCAGUUGUAACCAGAGUUACAUAUUGAUUUUCAUGCAAACAUCUUUAAUUCAUGAUCACUGACUGACUACUGAGCUCUCUGCCGAUAAUAAUUGUCUUCUAUUUUAUAAACGAUUAAGCGAAGCAGUGCGUUCCACUGGACCGUCUAUAUUGCGCAUACUUUCCUGUGCACGAACUCAAUUCAUGCUUCCCGCAGAAUGUUCUGUUUCGCUUCGCCUGCCAAUCCGAAGUCGUUUCGCAAAAGGUCUCGAAUUGUGUGUGGAGAUGCGUGCGUACGUGAAAUUAUACGUUUCAUCAUGAUGUACAAAAAUGUCUUGUCACUUAUUGCGGUUACAUUUCUUCCUGGGUAAAAGAGGAAAAUACUCUCGUAAAAAAUACACGACAUUUUAUAAUCUAUUUUUUUAACACAACAUGCGUUUUUAUUUUACUUUUGAUCAUUUUUAUUUAGCAAUAUUUUUAUUUGAUCACGUAAACACUUCAAUAUGAAAUUGUGUAAAAGGCGCAGCCUUUAAUUUAUUAAAAAUUGACGUCCAUUUUUUAUGAAAUAUGUUUAUGCUGAUUUUCGUAUAAAUUCCAUUCAUUUAUAUUUUUAUUAUCCGUACGUCUUUUAAUUUAACAAUUAAUCGUGUUUUUAUAUGAUGAAAUUGGAAAAGAAAAAAAAACGUAUAUCCGCUCUUAUAAAAUUUAUGGUGUAUAGAUAGGAAACAGGUAAUACGAUACACGAGAUGAGAAAGUGCCUCUUCUACCCGCACUAUAAUAUCGGAUAAAGGAAGAACGCGUUUCUAUGCCAUUUCACGCGGGCAAAACCUGAUGCAUUUUAGUUCGUAACACGUUAUUUAUCAUCAUGUUUCUCCUGCAAGAAGCUUUUUUGUGAAUCUCGUGGUUUUCAAUGACGGUGGUGAUCGUGACGAAUCUGUAUAACAUAUAGCAAAAUUUUAACGAAAAAUAUUCAAUACCGCUCUACGAAAUGCGGCCACUGAAAUUCAUUAUUACGAAGGCAGAGAUCACGACUCGAUUUAAUUUUUCUUUAUUGUUCAUGACAGAAAAGGCGCUUUUAAUCGACACAUCGAGUUUUUGCUCGGCCUCGCUGGACUUUUCAACUUCCAAUGCCACUCGUAAAUUUCUCACGUGAUCCAAAAGAACAAGUGUAAAAACCAAAAGUUCCAAGAAUCUGUAUAGCCAAGGAUCGAAACCGAUGUAAUUUCAAGUGAGUUCAAAUCUCCAAUUAUAGGCACGUGAAGAGAAUUCUCUAUCAAUAGAAUAAUUUACUGUACUUUAUUAUUAUGGAUAAUGAUUAUUAAAAUGCCUAUAACGCGGGAGAAAAGAAAAAAAAUUUGAUUAAUUAUUAUCGAAACGCGAAGGUGAAAUUUAUAUCGCAAACAAAAAUCAAAAUAAUUCUCACACUUUUAACAUGGGAAAAAAAUUUAGUAAAAUUCUAUAUCAUAUAUAUAAAUUAAUAUUAUAUAUUUAUCUUUAUAUUUAUAUAUAAUGCAUAAUUAUAUACAUCGUUUUCUAUCCUCGGUUAAGAGAUUGAAAGAACGAUAGGUAUCGAUCGAAGCGUACUAAGAAAUAGUUAAUGAUCUUUGAACCGUGUGCAUCGCAAAUUGGCAGAAUAAAACAACAUGUACGUCGUAGGUACACGUUAUUUUCAUAACGAGACAAACUUUGGUUACGUUGAUACAUAUCUGCGUAACAUUUUUCGCUAAGAUAAGGAAGUGCUUAUAAUCCCAUCUUAGUAAGACACGAGUUCGCUGCGGUUAAUAAAAUUUCUGUGAUAUCAAAAAUAGUUAUUCGAGACUGUAAUGCUGCUGUAACAGCGGCUUCUAUAAUGGAUGAUACGUAUAACUUCGCUGACGACAGCUUAACAUACGAUCACGAAUUGCGAGAGCAUGCAACACAAUGCCGAGUACGCUUCCGUCGAUACGAUGUAAUUGUCAGUAACGGAUCGUUGACUAGACUUAAUGACUUUCUUAGAUGACGACGAGUCAGCGUAGGCACCGAAAGCGCGUCCCGUUCGUCAUUAGAUCAAUCGAAGCUCAAAUACCGUGGUGUUGCCGGCGGCGUUUGCGGCUCCACGAGUCAUCGCAUUUGGAAAUCAUUCGCACUGUGACCAUAGAUAACGUUAUAUCUCGUAUUAAUAUAUCAUAUGUAUCAUACAUAUAUAUAUUAAUAUCUCUAGUACUCUAUACAUAAAAUACAUAUAUAUAUAUACAUAUACAUAUAUGAAUAUAUUGAAACGAUAACUUACAUAGAUGUGACUCGCUGCUUGGCGUUAGGAUACAUAUAGUUAGAAGGAAAUUAACAAACGAUAAUAGCGAACUGUGUAUAGCUCUUGAUGUACGAGAAAUCCUCGUCGCCCCUCUUUCCGACUUCCGGAAGCGGAAUAAUUUUAUUUGUGCGAAGUAUAGAUAGCAGAGAAAGGAAGAGGAAAUGAGAGACGAGUAGCCGCGCGAAGCGCUCUAUUUCUUUUCUUUUCUUUUCUUUUCUUUUUCCCUCCCCCUCGCGAUAAAGAGAUCUCCCGCGCGUAAUUGUGUAUAAAUGUAAGAGAGUUCGCGGGUAUGAAUGAUCAGGGAUCAGUCGGACGGACGAAAGGGGAGGAAAGUGGUGUAUAAAUACAGGGACCCAAUAUUGAAAUUCACACACCAGGGACUCAUGUUCCAAUCGGUAGAUUCUAAACGUUUAUUCCGAGCGAAGCAGGAUUUGUUCAAUCGGGUAUUAUUAAUCGCGCCGAAGAUCUCGAGCGUCGAUCUGACACGAUAUAUACACCAGCAUUUACGAAUUAUACUACUUUGGAAGCGGAGCAACCGAUAUCAUACCGCGGCUCAGAGAUAAGAGGCCGUCGAUAAAUCCCCGCUGUGAUGACGAGAGAUUGGAAGAGUAAUCUCACGCACGUGCGCCUCUAAGAUAAAGCUUUCGACAUUCCUUUCCUUCAUGCAGGUCAAGCCACGAGACGUGAUACCGGUUGCCCUCUCGUUCCGCAAAAAAUGAUCAAUAAUACGUAAUUGUACGACGCUAAAUGAAUAGCGGAACCAUGCAUUGUGCGGGUCGUCGGUCGUCGGUUCUUUAAUUAUAAAUCGUUAACUGAAACGUAAUCGUUGCGGGAAUCCGCCUCUGUUCAAUUCUGAAAGGUGUCGGUUAGCACGACGUUAAAGUGCGAAUGCGAGGAAUGUGGCCUUGAUGGAGGAGCGAAAAAAUUACGUCGACGAUAAAUUUGCGUGCGCAUUGUCGAAGGGAUUUUACCGCGUGCGGUCUCCUCUUUUUAAUCUUAAGAAGUUGUGGAAUUGUGUCGAGGAGAGCGACGCGGAGUGAGAUACGGAAAUUUUUCUGACUCGAGAGGGAAGCUUUGCUAUCAAACACCAAGUUUUAUUACAUGUAAGUCGCGACGCGCGCGAGAUACUGUAAAUAAUUGCGGGUAAGCACCCGGCGCGAGGUUUUGCACAUUUUUAGAAGAGCCGUACGGCGAUUCGAACCGCGGAGGGGUUGGCGAAGAUCCCUCCGAACGGGUCACGACGUUAAAAUGUACAGCGAUUAUAUAUCAGAGCGGAGAUAGGGUCAGAGAGGAGAUAUUGGGUUGCGCGCACGCACGAAAAAAAAGGAGAUAAAAAGAGAAAGGGAGACGCGAAGUCGGCGUACGAUAAUAUUAUUAUCUCAUUGAUUGGUACAUAGUCAUACUGGUCUCGUAGCGUUAUAGAGAGCCAUUUAAACUCUGCAUGCUUAGCCAAUUUGUGCUCGCCCGGCAGGCAGACCUACGAGGUCCCGCCGCGCGACGGACGUUUUAAUAAGGGUGUAAAACUAUCCGAUAGAGGCGCGUGUAGGCGUCCGCGAUACGUGACGAUCAUCUUUAGAAGUUCAUCGAGCCGACAAACGGGACAUGCAAGUCACAGCGAACUGAACCCCCGGACGAUGCGUCGCGAGAAAAACGACUGGAGCAUCGGGACAGGGAAAGUAGGGACGGCGACGUUGUCAGCGUGCUCCUCUCCUAGACAAUAUCCCAGAUUAGCGCGAUAAAAAUAUGUCCUUUGUACUGGCCGGGCGAUCGAAUCCUCUCGCGAAAGAACCGAAGAAAGAGAGAGAGAGAGAGAGAGAGAGAGAGAGACGCUUGAUUGGCUAAUUAGUCCGCCUGAUCGCGUCGCAUACGUCUGCAAGAUGCGAAGGAAUAAGAGGCAUCACUCGAUGAGGCACACGCCGUAUAUUGCAAAUUUUACAUUUUUUGCAAAUAAUAAGCGAAUUAAUUUUGAAAUUUCCUCGCGUGUAAGGUGUCUCGUUUGCGCUAAUGUAGAUUCAUCUUUAACUUAAUUUAACUUUCUAUCAUUUUCUGUUUUUUUUUUAAGAAUUAGGAAAAUUGAAUAAGUUAAACCGAGAUUAAAGUUAAUCUACACUGAUGCAAACGGUCCUCAGCGAGUCUCUUUCCAUUUAGUUACAUAAUUAUAUUUCUCCGAUUUUCAAGACCAACGGAGAUUAAUGAGAGAAGAUUCUUACCUUGCUCGCGCCUUCGACUUAUUCGUGAAACCAUUCCUGUCGCAUAAUCUUCGUCGCAUUUUUAACGAUUUUGCGUAUAGUAAAUUCCUGUAGUAGAUUCCUGCUGAUCUUUUCCAAAUAAAAUUUUUCCUUUUACGCUAAAUGUUCAAAGAUGCAUUAAAUCACGUUCGUCCGAGCGUAUCGUACAAUCAAAGUCAUGCACUCUUUCCUUCAAAUAUCCUUGAUGGAUUACGACUUAUGGAAAGAAAGGCUCAAGAAAAAAAAGAUAUCGAAUAUAAUCAUCGCUAAUCUAUUGUAUACUAACGUCUCGUGCUCCAGUCACUCGAUGUAACGACCGUGCGAAGCGUUAAGAACUCUAGAGCAUAAUAAAAUAGCCAUAACGAAUCGAACGAAUAAAUGGAUUUGAUGUUUA